UCUCAGAGCCUACAACGGCAACUGUCAGAGCAGCGAGACAGAGACACAGAUAGCGCCCUAACUCAGACACAGCACACACAUUCACACAAGUCAAAGUGAAUUAAAAAACAACAACAACAACAACAAGUUCAAUCCAAGAAGGGCAAAACGUCAUUUGAUCAAAUCAGUUCAGAGAAGAAAAAAAAAAAGCUAAUCAAAAUAAAUCAAUUUAUGAUUCAUUUUGAUUCAUUGUAGGGAAUGAGUAAGACGGGCGAUUUUGUUCUCAAUCUUCUUUUUUGAAACAAGACAAGUGGAUUUUCUACUCAGCUUCUCUGGAAAACAGAAGAAAAAGCAAGACGCCAGGAGAAGAGCAGAGCAGAGGAGAGAGAGAGGAUACGAGAGCCAUUCAGCGACAGUGACUACUGAGUCUACUGAGCUGGACUGGUGAUCCCAUCCUCCCAUACACCUGCAAGAGGCUGCCUCUACCCCAGCGCACACCCAGCCUCCCUGCUCUCCUCUCCAGCCCCAGAAGAAUGGCUGCAGCCAAGACAGAGAUGCUCCUUCCAGCCCUGCAGAUCUCAGACCCACUCAGCUUUCCACACUCGCCCAUGGACAACUACCCCAAGCUGGAGGAGAUGAUGAUGCUCAGCUCCGCAGGGACCCCCUUCCUCACAGCCUCCGCGCCCGAAGGAGCAGGCUUCGGCUCUGGGGAGCCGGGAGAACAGUAUGACCACCUUGCUGGAGACACGUUACCAGAGAUCUCUCUUAACUGUGAGAAGUCUAUGGCUGAACAGACCUACUCCACCCAGAGGCUCCCUCCCCUGUCCUACACCGGACGCUUCACCCUCGAACCUGCCACGAACUGCAGCAACAGCCUGUGGGCGGAGCCCCUCUUCAGCCUGGUCAGCGGAUUGGUCGGCAUCAACCCCCCCUCUUCCAGCUCCGCCUCUUCCUCCUCUUCCUCAUCGCAGACGAUCUCCACCUCCUCCUCCUCCUCCCUCCCCCCGUCCUCCUCCUCCUCCUCGUCCCAGAGCUGCUCCGUGCACCACAGUGAGCCCAACCCCAUCUACUCUGCCGCCCCCACCUACUCCUCCUCCACCCCUGACCUCUUCCCAGACCAAGGCCAGGGCUUCCCCAGCCCUGCCGGGGGCUCCCUCCAGUACCCCCCUCCCGCCUACCCCAACGGCAAGACCUGCAGCUCCAGCUUCCCGGUGCCCAUGAUCCCAGACUACCUGUUCCCCCAGCAGCAGGGCGAGGUGAGCCUGGUGGCACCCGACCAGAAGCCCUUCCAGAGCCAGUCGGGCCAGCCGUCCCUCACGCCGCUCUCCACCAUCAAGGCCUUCGCCACGCAGACCGGCUCCCAGGACCUGAAGAGCGUGUACCAGUCCCAGCUCAUCAAGCCCAGCCGCAUGCGUAAAUACCCCACGCGGCCCAGCAAGACGCCUCCCCACGAGCGCCCGUACGCCUGCCCCGUGGAGACGUGCGACCGGCGCUUCUCGCGCUCCGACGAGCUGACGCGUCACAUCCGCAUCCACACGGGCCAGAAGCCGUUCCAGUGCCGCAUCUGCAUGCGCAACUUCAGCCGCAGCGACCACCUGACCACGCACAUCCGCACGCACACCGGCGAGAAGCCUUUCGCCUGCGAGAUCUGCGGACGCAAGUUCGCCCGCAGCGACGAGAGGAAGAGGCACACCAAGAUCCACCUGAGGCAGAAGGACAAGAAGGCGGAGAAGGGAGUCGCCUCCGGUUGCGCCGUGGUGGUCUCCGUGGCGCCUGUGUCCGUCUCCUCCCCCGUCUCCUCCUCCUACCCUUCCCCCAUCACCUCCUACCCCUCUCCGGUCUCCUCCUACCCCUCCCCGGUCACCUCCUGCUACUCUUCUCCAGUCCACACCUCCUACCCCUCUCCCUCCAUCGCCACCACCUACCCCUCCGUCUCUAUGUCGAGCUCCUUCCAGUCUCAGGUGGCCUCCUCCUUCUCCUCCUCCGUGGCCUCCAACAUCUACAGUUCCCCGGUCCCCACCCCGCUCUCAGACAUGCAGAGCACACUCUCCCCGCGAACCAUCGAGAUCUGCUGAGCCAGAGAGACAGGCACUCAGAGAGACAGGGUCAUGGAGAGAGACAAGACUUUGUUUAAAGAUCUCUCCUCCCUCCCCUCUGUUCUCUCGGACGGUUGAAAGGGCGAAGUCAGAAUCAAAAGACUUGAUUCUGAGGCACUUUUCUGCCUCCACGCAGUGUUCAGCAAGUCAGAAUUUGUUGGAAGAAGCGAGACAGAGAGAGAAAUGAAACACGUCAGGGACGGGGCACAGACAAUAGAGGACACAAAGGGAGUUUUUUCUCCUUUUUCUCUCUCUGAAAAACAAACGCAGCUACUUUAGAUGAGGGAACAUCAGAGAACUUGGAGAAAGUCGGAGAGUAGAAACAGGCAUGACAGGUCUCUGCCAUACAAUACUAUCGAACACACACACACAACCUGACAAACACACGCAAACAGCAAACAUUGCCAGUCUAGUUUCAGUGCCAAGGCACACUCACCCUCUGUUGCAGUUAAUCCCAGUUGAAGAAACAUUGAAUGAUUUACAUUAGCAGCUGUAUGUGUAUAAAGUACAUGUGUGCCAUGUUUCCUAAUUUAAUAAUUUUGGGGGGUACCAUUGAUGUGAAAACUUAUUUGCAUUGUAUUUUUUUCAGUGAGCAGGGCCAUCAUUUCUAAAACGCUUUUCUUAUAACGACGUAGUGAAGAUGCCGUGGUGAUGUUCUGACUUUGUUUGACAAAAAAAGCACUUAAGUAUUCAACAAGCAUGAGUAAGAGUGAUGUUGGUUUCUUAUGAUUUUGUAAAUAUCAUUCACUGGUACUUUAUCUCUUUCUCACAUGUGACAUUUUCCUCUGUUAUAUAGAAUUAAUAGAAAAGAAAAAAAACUACAAAAAAACAAAAACAAGACAAGUCGAUCCUGUUUCUGGUGCCUUUUGUGACGCGCUGCUGAAGCUGAGAGCGAGCGCUACGCAGAGGAUGCGCUGCGUCUCGCCUUAAGGGUUAGAAGGGAUAUAUUUGUUUCAGAAGCAGAAGGAAAUUGGAGAGAGAGAGAAAGAGAACGAGAGAGAGGAGAGCACUGCUUCAUUUCAUUUAGAAUGUAAGCAAAAAAAAGGGAGAUUAUUAUAUUUUUGUAAAACUGAAAAAUGUAAAUAUCCACACCUUCAAUUGAAAUGGUGAAGUUACCUACUGAGUAGGGAUUAUUGUGUUUUGUAUGUUAUAUACAUGCGGUUCAUUAUUUUGUGUUUUUAUCUUUAUUUUGUAUUUGUGUUUGUCCAACCAAGUCACUGUUUCUGGCUUUAUGAACACAUUUGAAUGCGCUUAACUGCCAAUGGGAUAUUUGGUGUAUAACAAGAUAUCCUCCCAGAAAUGAAAUAUAAAUAAAAUAUAAAUAUAUAUGUAGA